AUGCAUCUGGGCCCCUUGCCUUUUGCGUCUAUCAUUCUGGCCAGUUGGCGAGGGAAGUCACUACGCGAAUUGCCAGUGCUGGCGGUGUGUUUGCAAUACGCCUCUUGCAUAGUUGAUGCUGUGUCCACUUUCACAAGGGCAGUGUGCUUUAUCUUUCUCCGUCGUUGGUGUCUUCUCGCGAUGUACUUAGCGUCAUGGUGCGUCUCUCGUAUCAAGGGACAAUCCCGGCUCUGGAUUGUGUUCCACUGCUUCCUUUUGCUUUGGAGCUUCUACGUCUUGAGAUUUAUUUCCUUGUCUGCAAGCCGCAGUGACCGAGGACAUCUGGCGAGGAGAGAGACGUGGCUGACGUCGUCGUGGCGCCUCACGAGAAACCGACUGCGGACGAUGUUAUCCUGUGUGGCUGGGUGCUGCCGGUUGCCGCAGCAGUGCCUUAAUGGCAAAAAUGCGAAAACACCAUCGCCGUGCGCCGCUGCUGCUACAACAAAAACGAAAACGACAACUGCAGCACGAAGACCGCCCAGGGCUGAGUCGCCCAGUGAUUUACCGUGA